AUGUCUGAUGGUGAUAGCAAUACUUCCAACAUGGAUUUGAACAAAAUAUCAACGUUCUUCCAUAUUCCUGUUACACAAUUGAACAUAUUUGAUGAGGAUUCAUUGAUAACAUUACAACAGAAAUUACAAGAUUAUGAUGAUUUACAAAACAUCAAUAUCGAAUUGAAUUCGAAGAUAGGAAAGAUAAGGACAGAUUAUGAAAGGAACAAUGAUUUACAGUUGGUUGUUGAACAAUUAACAGAGGAUAAUAUAAUUUUUAGAACAGAAAAUAACAAUCUUGCAUCUAAGUUAUCUUCCAAUGAGCAAAUCAUUGAAUUGAAUGAAUUGAAGACACAUAUCAAGGAACAAGAACAGACAAAGACCGAUCUAGUUAAAUUGUUAAAUGAAAAGAUAAAUGAAAUCUCACGAAUGGAAUUUCAGAUCACUACUACUUUGGAAAGUAAAAAAGAUCAAAUGCAAAAAUAUCAAAGAAUAAUUGAUGAACUUGGAGAAACUCAAUCGGAUAAUUUAUUACUACAGACAGAAUUAGAAAAGACUAAACAUCUUUUAGGUGAUUCAGAUAGGAAAAGGGAAUCUUUGAUUUCACAAUUAGAAAAUAAAGAUCAACAAUUCAAGGAUUAUAGAACAACAAAAGAAAAGAUAAUAUCGAAAUCCGUAAAUGAUCUUCUCACAUGUAAAAAUGAUUUAAAAGAGAUUAAAGAGAAUAAUUCUGCAUUAUCAAAAAAAUAUGAUCCAUUAAGUAAGGAAAUCAAAGACAAAGAUGGUCUGAUAGAGGAAUUAAAAUUUAUGAUCAAGAUUACUAAAGAAGAACAUUAUCAUGAAACAAAUUCCCAAAAAGAACUAAUACGUGUCUUAGAAGGUCAAGUUAAAAACUUUCAAGAAAAAUUAAAUAUUGAGUUUGGAACAAGUGAAUUAUCGUUACAACAAACAGAAGAUUUUGAUGAACUUUCACAAGAACUUUCAACAUUAAAGAAAAGGUUAGAAUACUCUGAACAGGAAAGAGCCCAUUUAGAGGCUUAUGUAAAUCAACUAAUGUUGAAUGAGGAGAACGGUACUACUGACGAUAGUGAAAAUGAUAAUAUCAAAUUGCAAAGUGAUAUAACCCUUCUAAAAGAACGAUUAAAAAAUGAAAUUUCAGUUAGAGAAUAUCUAGAGCAUCAAAUUCAACUAUUUGUAUCAGAUCUCCAAGAGAAAUAUCCAACGAUAGAUUCGUUUAAGGAUAAGAAAAUAUCUCUACAAACUGAAUUGACAAAUGUCUCCCUUCUACUUGAACAUACCUCGAAUGAUAAUAAUGCCAAAAUAAAAAUGAUUCACGAAAAGGAUAAAGAAAUAACAGAAUUGAAUGAUUCUCUCGAUCUUCUGAAGAAUCAACGUAGGCAUUUGGCAAAUCAAGUUAAGUAUCUUCUAAUUAAUAUGGAGAUCUAUGAAAAUGGUAAUCGUAUUAUGACAAAAGAUGAAGAAACUUUCCUAAAGUCUAUUUUGGAUGAUGAAGGGAAUGAACCGGAGUAUAAUAAUGACACCUCGCUCGUUAUAGUAGAAAAUGCAGAAAAAUUUAGAAAUAUUUUAGAAUUACAGCAACAAAAUAUGAAACUCUUAAGUACUGUAGACCAGCUUUCAUCUCGUGCCGAGUAUCUUGAGACACUUAAUCAUAAUAUGGAGAGUGAUUCUGAAGGAGAGAUAAUCCAAGAUGCAAAAGAGGCCAUCCUCACUUUGGAGGCGCGGAAUAGUUAUCUUGAGAGAAGGUUAACAGCGAUUGAAAAUACUACUACAAACCCUGACGACUUAGCAGCUGAUAAUUUACUAAUUCAAAGCAACAGAAAUGAGGAUGAUAAGCAUGCAUUUGAUAAAACUCAUUUAAAAACAAUAGGUGAAUUGCAACAAAGAUUGCAGGUGACAAUAGAUGACAACUUGAAGAUUAAGACAUCUCUUCAGAACAAACUACAGGAAACGGCAAAUAAAUUGUCUAAGUCGAGUCUAAAUUUUGAAAUGGAAAAAUCCAAGAAUGAAUUAAUCAAUCAAAAAUUAAUAAUUGCCAAUAAUUCGACGCAAUUGUUCGAGAGUGACAAUAGCGAAUUAACUUUAAGAAAUAAUCAUUUGAAGGAAAAUCUAGAUACGAAUGAGAAAACACUGGAUAGAAUGUUGAGAGAACAGGCUGAAAGUAAAGCAGAGUUGACUACAUUGAAGUUAAUUUUGGAAAAUAAUGAAUCGGAGAAAGAAAUUUUAUCGAAGGAUAGAGACCACUUCAAAGAUAACAUGUAUAAUGUUAAACAAGAACGGAAUUCUCUUACAAUUGAACUUUCUAAAGCUCGAGCUACUUUGAAGGAAAAGGAAUCAUUUUGGUCUGUCAAGGACACUACAUAUAAAGAAGCUAUUCUUAAUUUGGAAGAAAAACUUUCUCAGUGGCGUAAGAGGUUAGAAGUGAAGAAUGAUGAAUUGAGGGAUCUCAUCAACAGCAAAGAGAAGGAGACAGAAUGGUAUAAAGUAAAGAUAGAAUCAUCCAAUAUCGAAGUUAAUAUGUUGAAAAACUCAAUUUUAGAACGUUCAACAAAGAUUGAGCAUCUAUUAUCUGAUCUAACGACGCUUCAAAAUGAGAUAGUUGAUAAAGAUGUUGCUAUUAGCUCUUAUAAGAGAAUAAUCAAUAAUGGUGAAAAAUCCGCUGCUCAAGAAAAAUUGGAAAUCCAGCUCAAUGAAACACAACAAUCAUUAAACGACACAUUAGUUGAAUCCGAAAAGUAUAAAACUGAAAUUACAGAGGCUCAAACCUCAUUGCAAAAUAUGUCAGUAUUAUAUGAACAUGAAAAGCAAGCAGUUAAGGACCUCGAAAUAUCUUUAGAUAAAGUAACAAAAGAUUCAAGUCAGAAUAAAGAAGUUCAAGAGAAAAGCAUUAAAGAGUUGAAGCUUGAGUUAGAUAAUCAGAAGGGUCUGUUGGGAGAGAAGGAAGCUCAAUUUCAGACAAAAUUAUUGGAAAUUGAAAAGAUUGGAGUAAGACAUAAUGAAAGUUACGAAGCAAAUAUAUCUGACUUAACAGAAGAGCUCGAAAAAUACAAAAUAACAAAUAAUGAAAUGCAACAGAAAUAUCUUGAAUUAUUUAACAAAUAUUCUGGCCCAGAUAAUACAACACAAGAUCAUCAAGACAAUACCCACAUACCAGACAUUAAAUUGGAGAUAGAUUCUAGCCAAGUUGAAUCUCUACAGAACAUGAAUCGUAUUUUGCAAGAGAGAGUAGAAAAAUCCGAGACAAGAUGUAACAUCUUAACCGAACAAAUAAUCACCUCUCAGAAUAAAAUAUCCAGUUUAAAAACUCAACUAAACAAGAUCAAUGAACUCAACAACGACAAAGAUGAUCAAUUGAAGACAUCAAAUGAAGGAAGUGGAGAUUUGAAAUCAUCAUCGGUAGAAUCUGUAAAUAUUGGAGAUUUGGCUGAAGUGAAUGAUCAGAGUAUAGAAAUGAGUGAUUUGCUAAAGAAAAAUGAAGAAUUGGAAGAUAGGUUUAACAGGUUGAAGAAACAGGCCCAUGAAAGAUUAAACAACUCGAAAUUGGCCUCUGAAUCAUUAUCAAGUCAAAUGGAAACUUUAAAAGAAGAAAAUAUUCAACUGUCUUCGAAACUUCAAGACGAAACAACAAAGACAUCUUCGCUAGAACAAAAAGUAAAAGAUUUUAAUGACGGUAGAUCCGAAGUAGUAACCGAAUUACAAAGGGAGCUUGAAUAUACCAAGAUACAUUCAAAGGAGAUUGAAUAUAAACUUAACGAUACUAUGGAAACAUCUAAUAAAUUAAUAGAAAAGCUUAAUGUUGAAAUUAAUAAUUUAAAAUCAGAAUUGGAGGAGGCCAAAAUGGCCGAACUUGGGACUAUUGUGCCAACCGAUGAAACAGACGAAUAUGGGAAGGUUAUCGAAAAUAUGAGAAAGUUAUUUGAAGAUGAGAAAAUUCAAUUUGUUAAAGACCAAACAGAAGAGUAUAACAAAAAAUUAAAACAUCAGGAAAAUAUGGUAGAUAUUGAGUCGUUAAAGAAGCAGUGGAAUGAUGAAAAUGAAAAUAUAGUUUUAAAAAGGAUUCAAGAAGCCAAUGAAAACUUAAAGAAGGAAAUUAAAGCACCUUCUGAUGAUGAAAUAAAUAGAUGUAUUUCCGACCACAAAAAUGAGCUCGAUAAAGAAUUUGGGAGAAAAGUAGAAGAAAAAGCAAAGGAACUUAUUGAAACUCCAGAGUUUGAAAAAAUUAAAGAACAAAUUCAAUCAGAGAUUCAAAACAAGCUUGAAUCAGCUCAUGCUGAUGAUCUGCAAGAAGUAAAAAGGAAAUCUUUUGAAGAAGGUCAGCAGCAAGUAUCAAUGAAGCUCACUUUCCUUCAAAAAAAGAUAUCAUCUCUUGAGUCACAACUAAAUGAAGAUAAAGAGGGGAAAGAUGCACAUCUUGAUGAUGUUGGUAAUAGCACAGACGUUACUGAAGAUAAUGACAAUACUAAAGAUUUUGAAGUAGAUAAGUCAUUAAAAUCUCAACAUGAAUCUACCACAUCUCUAAGGGUAUUAACUCCGUCGCCCUUUAAGGUUAGUAAUUCACCCUUCACGGCAGGGAGUGAUAGUCUUUCAAAAGGAGUGAACCCCACGAAUGUUGAUGCAGCCAAAAAUCCAUUUAGUGCAUCAUUUGACUUGUCAGGAUCGUCCCCAAGUGCUAUUAAUCCAUUCAGUAAAUUCCAGCCAACAUUUUCGUUUGGUAAACAAGAAAACCAAAAUAGCAUCGAUGAAUCAAGUCAGAAUAGUUCACCUAGCAAUAAACGUACAUUUGAAGAGGAAGAGGAUGACAGCAUUGUUAGUUCAGAAUCCAAGAAGAGUAAGAAUGAUUAG